CUUUGCAAGCUUCCAUAAUACCACAAAUACCCACAGUUCUCCGUAACAACGCAUGCAUAUAAUAAUAUAUUCCUUUUACCUCUCUCCCUCUCUCACUUCACUCGUAACUCUUGUUCCAUUGUCCUCGCCUUUCAUUCUUCCAUAUUUCUGGCUCUGAACUUUGUUUCCCUCUUCACUGAGAUUCUUCUGCAUCUGGAGCAAACAGUUUGCAAUGAAGAUUGAAUAAGAGAUCCAUUUCUUCUAUGAGGUCAAUCGAAUCAUGGAGGUGGACGACGGGAAAAAGGAGUGUCUUGCCUAAUGGGGAAAUCAAUUUUGAAGAUGAAGCAACUUCCUUUUAUGGUAGUUGUUUGUACAGUAAUGUUGUUUGUUGUGUAUAGGACUUUAAAGUAUCAAUAUUACGAAGAAGAGAUAGACAAAAGGUGGAGUUUCCUGGGAGAACAAGAGGCAUAUCCUGGUACUUCAGGAAAUCUGAAGGGCUUACCCCGAGGUAUAAUACAAGAUACUUCAGAUUUUGAGUUGAGGCCUUUAUGGUCGCCAAGUAGUUUGAGGUCAAAGGUUAGUGUUUACUCCAAUCGCCACUUGCUUGCAAUUCCAGUUGGUAUGAAACAAAAACAUAAUGUAGAUGCCAUGGUGCAAAAGUUUCUUCCAGAAAAUUUUACAAUUAUUUUAUUCCAUUAUGAUGCCAAUAUGGAUGGAUGGUGGGAUCUUAGUUGGAGUAGCAAGGCCAUACACAUAAUUGCUCAAAACCAAACAAAGUGGUGGUUUGCUAAAAGAUUUCUACAUCCAGAUAUAGUUUCUAUUUAUGAUUACAUCUUUCUUUGGGACGAGGACUUAGGGGUGGAGCAUUUUUCUCCAUCAAGAUACAUUGAAAUUGUGAAGGAAGAAGGAUUGGAGAUAUCUCAACCAGCACUUGACCCAGAUUCUGGACAGAUACAUCAUAAAAUUACAGUUAGAGCUAGAACAAAAAAAGUUCAUAGAAGAGUCUAUGAACUCAGAGGCAAUACUAGGUGUUCAGAGGCAAGUACAGGGCCUCCAUGCACUGGGUUUGUGGAAGGUAUGGCUCCUGUUUUCUCUCGGUCUGCCUGGGAUUGUACUUGGCAUCUUAUACAGAAUGACCUUGUCCAUGGAUGGGGAUUGGAUAUGAAAAUAGGAUAUUGUGCUCAGGGAGAUCGCACACAAAAUGUGGGAGUUGUUGAUGAGGAAUAUGUUGUUCACAAGGGAAUACCAAGUCUGGGUGGCAGUGGGGAUGAAACAGCUAAAGUUUUGAGUCGUGGAAGGCCAACUCCGAGACACGGUGCCUCGGUCUUUGAUGAGCGAAUUGAGAUAAGAAGGCAGUCAACGUGGGAAUUUGAAGUGUUCAAACGCCGGUGGAAUAAAGCUAUAGCUGCAGACAAAAACUGGGUUGAUCCAUUUACCAGUGAUAGAAAACGCUUGAGACAUAGGAAGAAAAAAAAUCACUUUUCUUAACUUUCUUUUUACUAGGUUUGAUUUGUUAGCCAUUUCAUUCACAUGGCAAUAGGCACAAUUUAGUUGUUGUAGCUGAAAGAAUAAACACUUCAUUCAAGUUUUGGAAUCUCAACAUAUUUCUUUAUAAUCUUUUGUUCUUUUCUUCAUAUUUUUUAGAUGUAAUUCUCAUAUAUGCAAACCUUGUUUCAUCAUUUCAGCUAUAAUGAAGAAGCUUCCAUUCUUUUUGUA